UCCUUGAGCGAAAGCACACAGUUCGGCACGUGUGGCACCGCACGUUGACACUCUCUCAUAGCUGACUGAAAAUACGGAGGAGGAAAACAAGCGAGUAGACUCGUGAAAUUAAGAGAGACUGGACAGCUGCGUCUGACUACUGGCUGUGCAUUUCACGCGUAUUUUCCAGUUAUUUUAUUUGUGUAGGUGUUUAAGAAGAAGCGUGUUGUUGACGUGAUUAUCCGGACCUAAUAUUACUUGCUGCUGUUGUUGCAUUACUAACGUAUCUUAAAAAGUGAUGCAGUCAUUUGGGAGUGCUUCAUCCUGGCAAUCCCGCGACUCGCCAUCCUCCAGCCACAACUUCCUGCACAGCGAGGGCGACCAGACCGAGGACGAGGCCGACGUCUUCCUGUCCGAGGGGGAGGGCGACAGCGGGGUGGGCGGGGGGCCGGGCAGCCCGCGCACCGCUAGCCCCGGGGCGCGUUCGACCCCCGCCGUUUUCGGGGGCCUGACUGGGUCUCGGCUGAAGAGGGACCAAGCGGGAUGGUGCCCCGGCAGCACCAGGGUGAUUCUGGUGUCCCCAUCCGGGGGCGUGAGGACCGGGGGAGAGGGACGGACGGAGGGGGACUUUGUCUUCGCUCAGAAGUGUGCUGAGCUCCAGGGAUUUGUUAGGCCGCUUCUGGAGCUUCUGAACGGGCUUAAAAGGGGCAAAUAUGACAGAGGUCUCAGCAGUUUCCAGCAGAGCGUUGCCAUGGACAGGAUCCAGAGGAUUGUGGGAGUACUGCAGAAACCCAGCAUGGGAGAGAGGCACCUGCACACCCUCCUGCAGGUGGAGAUGAUGCUCAAACUGUGGUUCCCGCAGAUCUCGCCCUCCGCCCCGCCCACCUCGGCGGCCACGCCCGCCCCGGCGGGGAGCUUAGCGCGCGGCGCCGCCCCGCGGUGGCGCAGAGACCAGCUGCACAUCCCUGUGAAGAAGCGAAGGCUCAGCUGGAUGAACACAGACAGCCCAGCUCAAGCUGCUCCUGCCUGCAAGCGCGUCCAGCGGGAGGAGCCGGCGUUAGGGGUGACCAGCUCUCCCUCAGAGAGGGCCUCCGCGAGGCCGGGCGGGCGAGGAGCGCGCUGCGAAAAAGAGGAGGGGAAGGAGGCCCGGGGAGAGCUUUCGAGCCGGCCCGAGUCCAGACUGGCCCCCGUCCCGCACCCGUCUAAAGAGAGCGGCGAGGGCAGAGGGGGAAACGCCGUCCCUCCCGUCGCCACUGCGGGAAGCCCGGCCACGCAGGACACCUUCAUCUCGUCCACCACCCGUCUCUCUCCUCCGCUCGACCCCGCCCCCGUGACACACGAGCCCGUGAGGUGCCACAGCCAGCCUAUCGCCACGGAGACGGAGGGUGGGCGGGCGUCCGAGACGUCUCGGAGAUGGAACCGGUCUCUUCCACUGCAGACAAAGCCUUUUACCGCUCCGGAGCAAUGAGCCCUCCUGGCUCCCCUCGCACCACAGACUGUACGCAAGCUCCUUCUCUUUGGCCGAUUCCGUGUCUGUAUACCAAGUGGGAAGUGUUGAAAAUGCAAUAUUAAAAAAAGUGUGGAUUUCAUUUUUCGACUGUUUCGCUGACUUUCACCAAUUUUUUUUUACACGUUUUUAAUUAAUUUCUUCCCCCAUGCAUUUCUGCCUUCUUGUGGGGUGUUUUAAAAAAAAUAUUUUAUUGGUUGGAGGACCACAAAAGAAGCAUAUAUAACAAAAAGGAUUUUCAGCAGUGAUUUUCAACUUUGCAACUAAAACAAGGGCGCUUGAUCAAAAUUAUUUUUUUAUUUCAACCAUUUCAACCAAAAAAAAAAAAAAAAAAUCAUAUCUUUUGUUUGCCCAACGCUCGAUCAUUUUCGUGUCAUGGCUAAGGCUACCGUGAUGAACCGAGCCACUGGAGCGGUGAGACUCGGGCAGGGCAGGGACGCGUGCAGGCGAACGAGCCGAGCCGCGAGCUACGGACUAGGAGCGCCACGCUGGAAGCAGGAAGUCCUCUUCGCCGGUUUCACUGGAGCUUCCGCGCUGAGAGCAACGUCAACCAGCGCCACCCCCGCCCCCUCCUCCGCAUUCCAGAAUUUCCCUUACAUUUCCCUGCGGAAGGACGGAAACCACACGAAGCGAAGGUUGUUGGUGGUGCUCGUGAGCAAAUUUAGCCUUGUGCUAAUAUAAUGAAAAACAUUGAAUAUGAUAUGAAUAAAAGCGACGAACCAGUAAAAUUGUGCCGUUUUGCUGCGUCUAACUUGAAGAAGCCGGACUCUCUCAAGCAGCCCGAAACAAAUCCUGUAUUUUUAAUAUGCGUUUAUUCACUUAUGGAUUGGAUUUUUGCAUUUGUCUGUUACUUGAAUUAUUUAUUUAUUUGGUGACUGGAGAUUUCUGCAGUUGGCUCUCUGACCACUUUGAAGUGUUUGCACUAGGUGGUGAGAAGUAAAAGGAAUAUUGAUCUGGGUUGGGGUCAAUUCUAUUACAGUCCAGGAAAUUAAUUGAAAUACAUUUUUAAGAAAUUCAAAAGUGUUCUAUGGACAAUUCAAAUAAGCGAUGAAUGAAUUUUCAAUUAAUUUUCUGUAUUGGCUGAAUUGAAAGGGAAUUGACUGCAGCCCUGGUGUUGCUCUUAUCGUCACUGUGCCUUGAAUCAAGACAGACGGCUUGUUUACUUAUUUUUCAGAAGAUUAAACCGUAACUUAUUUGUGAUCGCUGGACAUUCUUGGAGUAAAACACUUGUGCUGUUAUUUUGUAUCUGCUGUCGCUUACUACAACCCCAGACUGUUCACACAUAGUCAGACAGGCUGUCCACCGAUAAUGCCGAAACAGAUUGUAGACUCGCGCAACUUCACAGGUCAUAAACUACUGCCAACUCGUGAGCUUAGUUAUACAUUAAAUUAUUCCAAGCCGUCAUGGUACUUUGCACAUUUUGGAAGGCAACAGUGUUAUUUUAUUAUUUGUGAAGUGUAAACCUAAACUUUAUCAACUCUAUUUUGGGCGUGAAGGUCAUUAUCUUGAGAGGACAUUUAAAUGGCUACAGAAGUGAAGGGAAUGUUUCAAAUAAUACGUGAGACUGAUCAAAAUGUAGCUGACAUUUGUUUGGUUUUUUGAGAAGCUCAGCCAAUCUGGUUGCUCUGACUACAGACUGCUCUCUUCCUGCUAGUUUGAGUCUGCCCAGUGUCACUAUCCCCAGAGUACUGCAGCAGCAAGAGCCAGAGGCCAGAGUUUCUGGGUUGUCACAAUACGGGCGCCCCCUGGCUGCUCCUCAAGCAACUACAGGGCAUCUAGGGCUCUAGCUGUCAAAUGCUCAUGUGGAGAAUAUUAUCUGGCUUGAUUAUUAUGCAGUGCUCCAUUUGGAGAGGUGGCACAGCAGUGAUGUAAACACAUAGGGUAAUUGGUCUUUUCACCGUAUGGGGAGGGGCUGGGGUGGGGUGGGGUGGGGGAUUCUACUGUAGCUCAGUGACAUCAUCACCCAGUUUCACAUGUGAAUCAUGAGCUGGAAUUUGAUCUACACCAUGUGAUUUAUGUCACACCAUCAGGACGGCAUGUCGUGUUACAUUUUUGUAUUCUUCUAAUACAAAUUUACCCAUGAAGACAUGCAAAGGAUACAUACACAGCAGCUGAUAUUUCAUUUAUUGAUAAACACAAGUGUUUUCACUGGUGAUACGAGGGUAACCUUAACACGAGCAGAGAUGUGCCAGAGUCAAAGCAACAAGAUUGAACAACAAUAGCGCGGUGUAUGAAUACGUGUAAUCAGCUGACUGCCCUAGCUAACGAAUGUACAAGUGAGUACCAAGCUGUGAAUAUGGAUAGUGCACUAAAGUUGCAAACCACUUAAGUGGUGCGUCAGGAUGUUUUUUUUUAAUGUAUUAUUUUGCAUGGACAUUACAUGACAGCACAAGCCAGUUGCUUUUAUUCCCAUUUUGUAUUUGCAAUGUAUUUUGUCUGGAAAAAGGCCAGGUUUGUGGGUUGAAAUUUGUCCCGCCUUUUUUUAUAAUUUAUAUAUUCCCCCCACAUCUACACGUUUGGAUUAUCUCUCUCUCCCUCUUUUGCUUUCCAACACCGUUCUUCCUAUGCCAAAAUUGGCUGCUGGUUGAAAGAAAACCACGGAAGCCAGCGGACACUGUGGCGUUUUGUUACUGGAACUGUGCGACCAUGUAAUAGAAAAAUGAUUUAAUAAAUGAGAGUUUUUGAAAA